GUUUUUGUAUGCCCAGGAUCUGUAACGUAAUUUACAGUCAAAGUAGGUAAAGUAAGGGUCUCGCAGGGGGAACGAGACCGAGACGCUACUCAGUAGUACAGUAGUACAGUACAGUAGUACAGUACAGUACUUAGUGAGCCAGACUCGCCAGAUUGGCUUACAGAUUAAUAUUUGCGUCGGAAUGGAUCCGAAACUCAAUCACACGAAUACGCGCAACGUCUUCCCUUCCCCUUCCCCUUCCCCUUCCUCUUCCCCUUCCGAGGGUCUUUGUGGCGUCGGCGGCGUCAUUUUGACGAGUGCUUGUUCUUCCUCUGCACAAGCGGACUUGUUUCUUCCCGAGCGGUGGAUAACUCGAACACACACACACACACACACACACACACACACACACACACACACACCGCAAGCACCACUCCACCUUUUCUGCCUACGCAGCAGCGCAAAGCGGAAGGCGACAAACUAAUCUAAUGGGGAAAUCUAAACUGCGACCCUCGUUUCGUGGUCAACUACAUUACAUCUGCCUGGCCCUCCCUCUCCCAUCUUUUUUGCUCUAUUUCACCAUUUCUGUUUUCUCGUCUACUGAGCUGCACCCCUCCCUCUCUUUACUUACUUACUACUAUCCCUUGGUGCACUGUUCAUUCAGCCCCACCUUCCACCUGCUUUGUUAACAGCCUCGCCCUGUUGACAUUCCAUUCGCAUUCGCAUUCAAGAAACCAACCAAACUCCACGAUAUCUUGCUUGCACAGAUAACAGAAACUCCAUAGCUCUCACGACUUCAUUCUCGCAGACAAUCAAUCAGCAAAACACCACAGAAGCCAGUCCUCAAUCCCAAGCCGCCUUCCAUGGCUGGCGACCCAGAGAAAGCCGCGGUCGAAUCAUACCAGGCCUCAAGUCGAGGCGAUGGAGAUUCCACAGACGGCCACGACUCGACACGAAAACAAGAAACCGCCGGCCAGACCUCGCAGGUCCCCUCUCCUCCCUCCGACCCAGCAACUCUCACCAAGAUCGACUCCAGCUUAAACGUCGACGUCAAAGAUGAGGAGGACAUCUACGCGCAUCUGCCGCCCGCAGAGGCAGAGAUCCUCAAGAGACAAAUCAACAUUCCAGUCGUCAAGUCGGGCUGGAAGACCCUGUACCGGUACUCGACCACCAACGAUAUCAUAAUCAUGGUUAUCAGCGCUAUAUGCUCGAUUGCCGCGGGUGCGGCGCUGCCUCUUAUGACGGUCGUUUUUGGAAACUUGGCUGGGCAGUUCAAUGGGUAUUUUGCUGGUACGACGUCGAGGAAGGAGUUCAACGAUACGAUCGUAACCAGUGUCCUGUAUUUCGUGUACAUUGGAAUCGCGGAGUUUGUCACUAUCUAUAUUUCGACUGUUGGAUUCAUCUAUACCGGAGAGCAUAUCAGUGGCAAGAUCAGAGGGCAUUACCUCGAGGCUUGCAUGAGGCAGAAUAUUGGUUUCUUCGACAAACUUGGUUCUGGAGAGAUUACGACGAGAAUCACGGCCGAUACGAAUCUCGUACAAGAUGGUAUUUCCGAGAAAGUUGGAUUGUCACUUAAUGCGCUGGCGACGUUCAUUACGGCUUUCGUUAUUGGUUUCAUCAAGUCCUGGAAAUUGACCUUGAUUCUCUCCUCUACGGUCUUCGCGAUUGUGGUUAUCAUGGGUGGUGGAUCCAGCUUCAUUGUCAAGUACAGCAAGCAAUCUUUGGCUUCGUAUGCAGAGGGAGGAACUAUUGCUGAGGAGGUCAUUUCCUCCAUUCGAAAUGCUACUGCCUUUGGAACCCAGGACAAGCUUGCUCGUCAGUAUGAUGCCCAUCUGGCGAAUGCUGAGAAGUAUGGCUACAAGGUCAAAUUUGCACUGGCUAUCAUGGUUGGUGGCAUGUUUAUGGUUAUUUACCUGAAUUAUGGCCUUGCUUUCUGGAUGGGAAGCAGAUUCUUGGUCGGUGGAGAGAUUGGUCUUGCUGCUAUUCUGACCAUUUUGAUGUCCAUCAUGAUUGGAGCAUUCGCCCUUGGAAACGUCGCCCCCAAUGCUCAAGCUUUCACCACGGCCAUCUCUGCUGCAGCAAAGAUCUUCAACACCAUCGAUCGUGUCUCCCCAUUGGAUCCUACUUCAACUGCUGGCAAGGUUCUGGACCACGUAGAGGGCACGAUCGAGUUGCGAAACAUUAAGCACAUCUACCCAUCCAGACCAGAAGUUACUGUCAUGAAGGAUGUCAGCCUCCUGGUUCCAGCUGGCAAGAAGACUGCUUUGGUCGGUGCUUCUGGAAGUGGAAAGAGUACAAUUGUUGGAUUGGUUGAACGUUUCUACGACCCAGUUGGUGGACAAGUUUUCUUGGAUGGACACGAUGUCAGCACUCUCAACCUCCGCUGGUUGCGCCAACAGAUCUCGUUGGUCAGCCAAGAACCUACACUUUUCGGUACCACGAUUUAUAAGAACAUUGCCCACGGAUUGAUCGGAACCAAGUAUGAGAAUGAAAAUGAGGAGCGAUGCAAGGAGCUCAUUUAUGAAGCUGCCAAGAUGGCCAAUGCCCAUGAUUUCAUUACCGCACUUCCUGAAGGCUACGAAACCAAUGUUGGAGAACGUGGAUUCCUCUUGUCUGGAGGACAGAAGCAACGUAUUGCAAUUGCAAGAGCUAUGGUCAGCGAUCCAAAGAUCUUGCUUCUCGACGAGGCUACCUCUGCAUUGGAUACAAAAUCCGAGGGUGUGGUACAAGCUGCUCUCGAAGUUGCUGCUGCCGGACGUACAACCAUCACAAUCGCUCAUCGUCUCUCGACUAUCAAGGAUGCUGACAAUAUCGUUGUCAUGACUGAAGGCCGCAUUGUUGAGCAGGGAAGCCAUGACGAAUUGCUGUUAAAACAAGGUGCUUACUACAACUUGGUCGAAGCUCAGAAGAUCGCCGCAACACAAGAAAUGACACCUGAGGAGCAAGCCGAACUUGAUGCCAGAGACGAUGCCCUUGUCCGACAGAAGUCCAACAAGAGUCUAGGAUACGAGGAGGAUCCAGAUGACAAGAACAUCGGUGAUAAGUUGAAUCGUAGCGGCACACGGCAAUCACAGUCAUCCUUGGCACUACAAGGCCGCGCUACACCUGGCGAACAGCACGAUUCUCUCUGGACAUUAUUGAAACUCAUUGCCUCUUUCAACAAGACCGAAAUUGGACUCAUGUUAAUUGGUCUCUUCUUCUCCAUCAUCUGUGGUGGAGGCAACCCUGUCCAAGCAGUCUUCUUCGCCAAGGAAAUUAUCUCGCUAUCCAUUCCACUUGAGAACUCUCUUACUGGUGCAGAGAUUCCUGGAGCUCGUCGCCGUCUACGCGAUGAUGUCGACUUCUGGUCUCUCAUGUACCUCAUGCUUGCUAUCGUUCAGUUCAUUGCAUUCUGUGGCCAAGGUGUUGCCUUUGCAUACUGUUCCGAGAGACUCAUCCACCGAGUUCGGGACCGAGCUUUCAGAACUAUGCUGAGACAGGACAUUGCUUUCUUCGACAAGGAGGAGAACACCGCCGGAGCAUUGACUUCCUUCCUUAGCACACAGACAACUCAUGUGGCUGGUCUUUCCGGUGUUACCCUUGGCACGCUUCUUACAGUUAUCACUACCCUAAUCGCGGCUAUUGCUGUUAGUACGGCCAUCGGCUGGAAGCUCGCCCUCGUCUGUACCGCUACCAUUCCUGUUCUUCUUGGAUGUGGUUUCUUCCGUUUCUGGAUGUUGGCACAGUUCCAGUCUAGAGCAAAGAAGGCAUACGAAACCAGUGCCAGCUUCGCAUGUGAAGCUACCAGCGCUAUCCGAACCGUUGCUUCUUUGACAAGGGAGGAGGAUGUGCUCAAGAUUUACAUCGAUUCUAUCAAUGCUCAGUCCAAGAAGAGUUUGAACUCCGUGUUGAAGUCUUCGCUUCUGUAUGCCGCAUCGCAAUCACUCAUGUUUGCUUGCGUUGCCCUUGGCUUCUGGUACGGAGGACAACGUAUCGCUGAUAGAGAGUACAACCUGUUUCAAUUCUUUGUCUGUUUCUCUGCCGUCAUCUUCGGUGCCCAGUCUGCUGGUACCAUUUUCUCCUUCGCACCGGAUAUGGGCAAGGCGAAGCAAGCAGCACAAGAACUCAAGAUUCUCUUUGACCGAAAGCCUACAAUUGAUUCCUGGUCUGAAGAUGGAGCACGCCUCGAUCAUGUCGAGGGUAACAUCGAGUUCCGCGACGUCCACUUCCGCUACCCCACUCGACCAGAACAACCCGUCCUCCGCGGUCUGAACCUCACCGUCGCCCCCGGCCAAUACAUCGCCUUGGUCGGUGCAUCCGGCUGCGGUAAAUCAACCACCAUCCAACUCCUAGAACGGUUCUACGACCCCCUAGUCGGCGGCAUCUACGUCGACGGCAAAGAAAUCUCCAGCCUAAACCUCAACGACUACCGCUCCUACAUCGCGCUCGUCUCCCAAGAACCAACCCUCUACCAAGGUACCAUCCGCGAGAACGUCCUCCUCGGCGCCGACCGCGAAGACGUCCCAGACGAAGCUAUCGAGUUCGCCUGUCGCGAAGCAAACAUCUACGACUUCAUCAUGUCCCUCCCCGACGGCUUCGCCACCGUCGUCGGCUCCAAGGGAUCCAUGCUGUCAGGCGGUCAAAAGCAGCGUAUCGCCAUCGCGCGUGCGCUCCUCCGCGACCCUAAGAUUCUCUUACUGGAUGAAGCUACUUCGGCGCUGGAUUCCGAAUCGGAACACGUCGUGCAGGCGGCGCUGGAUGAGGCUGCGAAGGGGAGGACGACGAUUGCGGUUGCGCAUCGGUUGAGUACCAUUCAGAAGGCGGAUAUUAUCUAUGUUUUUGAUCAGGGCGUUAUUGUGGAGAGUGGGACGCAUAAUGAGUUGAUGGGGAAGGGGGGGAGGUACUCUGAGUUGGUGAAUUUGCAGAGUCUGGGGAAGUCGCAUUAGAGUGGGGGCUGUGAGAUGUGGGGGUGGGAGUUGAGAGUUCUUUUUCUGCUUGCUUGCUUGGCUUGCUUGCUUGCUUGUUUGGCAUGGCGAUGGUGUUGGUGGAUGUUUUUUUUACUCAUGUACGCGCGGCAUACAUACAUACCUACAUACCUUGACGUAUGUAUGAGAACGCCACGUUUGGCACUGGACUUGCGUACAUGUAUACAGUUUUUCUUCCUCCCAUAAUAGGUGGCGUCCAGGAGUCGACGAUCUUUGUUUGUUCUUUUGUCAGUUUACAGGUGGGGGUGGGAUAGAUCAGAGAUGGGGGAGCUAACUCAGCUCAAAUUUUUUUUUGGUAGUUUUGUGGUUGUGUGUGGUUGGGUUGGUUGGGUGGGUGUAUGUUAGAGAGAGAGAUAGAGAGAGAGGGAAGAGAUAGGGAAAAAAGAAGACUGGAAGUGGAAAGUGAAAGUGUGAAAUUAUGAGAAUUGAAAAUCUCCGCUUGACACAGAGAGCGACACAAAAGCUAGAAGACCAAAAAAUAUACAAAAAUUGAAACUAAAUCUAGCUAGGCAGGCC